UGCGGAGCGCCGGGCUGCAGCUGGGCGAGGAACCCGCCGGAGAAGAAACUUUCCCCCCUUUUUGCUGCGCUUCUGCCGCGCCUUCGCCCCGAUCCUGGCCCCGGCUCUGUCGGAUGUGACCGCGGAGGGGCUGCGGGCGGCAAGCCGGGAAACGGGCUCCGGGGGUCGAUCCCCCCUUCUGGUUUUGGCACGGGGAGGGGGAGAAGGGAGAGCACCUCGGGAGGAGUUUGCAGCGCUUCGUUGGGGCGCCGAGGGCACGAUCCGGAUCCGACCCGAAACUGCUCCCCGGAUUUUUUCGGAGGGGGAGGAUUCUUCGGCGCUUGGGACUGUUUCCUCCUCCAGCUGCGGAAGGAGAAGUGGCAGCGAUGCAGCCGACGGGGCGGACGGCCUGAGAGUGGGGCUGACUCUGAAAGGGGCGACCCUUGAAGGCCGAGACGGCGGAAGGGCUCUCAGUCAGCAGGAUUCGGACCUGAUGAAGAUACAACCAUGGCUGUUUGACAGGUUGCCGCCGCUGCGGGAACCCCGAUGGCUGGCCAUGCUGUGUGGCGUUCGUCUCCUCGUCUUGGUCCUCCACCGCCGUCACAGGGUCUCCGUCCUUGCCCGGUCUGUGCUCCCCCCGACGAAGAGGAAGCACUCAACUCUAUUAUGAAGGAUUUGGCGGCCCUGGGCAAAUGUGGAGGCCUCUUGGACAGCCACAGGAACAAAAGCCACAUCCAUUCCAGCAAACAGUUGCGGAAUGCCAGGAUCAAAUUUGAACAUGAUGGAGAGAAAAGGAUCAUCCAGUUCCAGAGACCGGUCAAAUUCAAAGAAGUCCUGCAGAAAGUCAUGGAUGCUUUCGGACAGAUGAUGGAUUUGCACUAUGCCAACAACGAGCUCCUGAUUCCUCUCAAAUCGCAGGAAGACUUGGACCGAGCCGUGGAACAUUUGGACCUCAGCCCUUCUCUCAAGAGCCUGAGAGUGUUUGUGAAGACUCCAAAGAAAACAAAUCCCAACGUCAACAAACAGCAUGAGAUGAGAAUAUCCAAGUCGAUGGGCGACAUCAUGGGGUCCCUGUACAAAGAUGCAGAGAGGACUCGGAAGCACUCGACAGGCUCCUUGCACACGGGCCGGAGUUCUCCACCUCCCGGUAGUGUUCCUGAAGAGCAGCAGCAGAUAGCUCGCCAGGGCUCCUACACCAGCAUUAACAGCGAAGGGGAGUUCAUCCCGGAAACGAUGGAUCCAAACGUGCUGGAGUCAUUUAUCAGCCCAGAUGACUCCCUCUCAGGAAGCUGCCAAUCUUUGGACAGAUCCAUAGACAGCCCACCCUUUAACCAAACACCUGUUCCAAGAAGGACAAGCCAAGCCAAAGACAGCCUGGAUUGCUUAGAUUUCGAUAUCCCAUUUUGUGACAGAUACGGGAAAGGAGGCACCUUCCCAAGACAGUAUCACCUCUCCCAGAGUCGCAAGGACUAUAGUGACGGCCGAAGGACCUUCCCCAGAAGUUACGCUCCCCCGGAGAAUCUUUUCCAGCUUGUGCCGUCCAGCCGGACGAAAAGCUUCAACGGAGACAGCAAGCUCAUCACGUUGCGGUAUGAGGAUCGCGGGGGCACCAAGUGGUGGCACAGCUGUGACAAAAUCUUCCAGGGCUUCAGCUCCUCUCCUGCCAAGACGAGGAACACGAUGCAGGCUCCGGUGAAUUGGAGGCUGGGGAAGCUACUGGGCCGGGGGGCCUUUGGAGAGGUCUAUCUCUGCUAUGAUGUCGACACCGGCCGGGAGCUCUCAGUAAAGCAGGUGCCCUUUGACCCCGACAGCCAAGAGACGAGCAAAGAGGUGAACGCCUUAGAAUGUGAGAUCCAGCUACUGAAAACCCUCCGCCACGAACGGAUAGUUCAGUAUUAUGGCUGCUUGCGAGACCCUGAGGAGAGGAAACUGUCCAUCUUUGUGGAAUACAUGCCGGGGGGUUCCAUCAAAGACCAGCUGAAAGCAUACGGGGCUCUGACGGAGAACGUCACCCGGCGGUACACCCGGCAGAUCCUGCAAGGAGUUUUCUACCUGCACAGCAAUAUGAUCGUACACAGAGACAUUAAAGGUGCCAACAUUCUGAGAGAUUCCUCUGGGAAUGUGAAACUAGGAGAUUUUGGAGCCAGCAAACGUAUUCAGACAAUCUGCAUGUCUGGAACGGGGAUGAAGUCUGUCACGGGGACUCCGUACUGGAUGAGCCCUGAAGUGAUCAGUGGGGAAGGAUACGGAAGGAAGGCCGAUAUUUGGAGCGUCGGCUGCACUGUGGUAGAGAUGCUGACUGAAAAACCACCCUGGGCGGAAUUUGAGGCCAUGGCCGCCAUUUUCAAGAUUGCGACACAGCCCACGAAGCCCCAGCUUCCGGAUGGCGUCUCGGACUGCUGCCGCAAUUUCCUCAAGAUCAUCUUUGUGGAAGAGAAGCGGAGGCCCACGGCGGAAGAAAUUCUGAGGCACACUUUUGUGAACUUUAGCCUCUAGUUGGGCUUUCCCACACGAGGAAGGGCAAAAGCCAAAGGCCCACACAAUAACUGUGGGGGUGAGCAAAGAAAAAAAAAACAGGCACCCUCCUAAGUUCAGCCUCAAUUUCCUCAUGGGGUAACUCGCAAACAUGCUGCGUCGUGAAGCCUUGUUGGAUAAGAGGGGGCCAUCUUGCCUUUUUCUCAGCUGCACUUAACAGCCAUCUUGACUUUGGAGACCGAAGAGUCUUUGAGAUGGAGGGAUUUGGGAAACUGAGGUGAUGAUGCUUGCGGGUAGGAUAAGCUGCCUUGUGUUCCCUGGUGGAGUGUCUGCUUAUGUAACUUUCCCACGAGGGGCUCGUGAAUUUGACCAGUCAUUGAAGAGAAUGGUAAAGGAAGUGAGCCGCCAUCUUGUCAGCCCGUAAGAAUACGCCGGUAAAGUUUCUUCAGAGCAGUGAAAGAGGCUCCAGGGGACCAAGCUUUGUCACUGAUGAUGGAAGGAUGGGUGCUAAAAUGGAAUCCGGCGUGACGUUGGAAGAGAAACUGCAGGAAGUCCGGUGCACAUAGAAGUUUCUCUUUGGCUGCCUACUGGAAGCAGGAGAACAAAGAGCAUUGCUUGCAUAUCAUAGGCAGCAAUUAGUGUCAUAGCAACAAUCCCGCGCAAGUGAUCACGCCAGAGACCUGACUGCAAACGAUUAGGUUGAAAAGAACUUUAUAGAAUGGUAGACCUUCUAGGGUCCCUCAGAGGCUAUCUGUUCCUCUCUUGGACCCCAAAGUAGUAUUGAUUUUAUAUAUAUACAUAACCCACAACAGAAAUAUUUGAUAAUCUGUUGUUAGAAAUCCCUCGUCGUGGAGACGUUCAGCGGUCCCCCUCUGUGCAGGCGCUGAGGUUGAGGGUCUCUCAAAGGCUGGAGACGAGUUGCUCUGAUGGUGCCGAAAGAGGGGUGGAAGGGAAAUCAGCAGGUCUGCCAAUCCCUCUGUCCCUCCGUAGCACCUGAUUGACUCUGGUUUUCCAGACUGGGUGGAUCUUGGGCGUCUGUGUCAGCAGAAAUGGCCCAUCAUCCCCAUCUUUGACCAGCAGUCCCAGAGGCACAGGGAGCUGGGGCCUAGCCCACAAGGCUCCCGGAUCAAACCCUGAGGUUCUCGCAGAAUGACGUAUGCCUGGCAGACCCAGGGCUUUUUUUCAGCAGGAACGAGGGGGAACGGAGUUCCGGAACCUCUUGAAAAUGGUCACAUGGCUGGUGGCCCCGCCCCCUGAUCUCCAG